CUCUCUGUGAAAAUAGGUUCAUUCAUUAUUUUCUUUGUUCUUCUAUCUACAUGUCACCACCAUUUCUGGUCGUUAGAAUGAAAUUUAAAGUAGCCCUUGAAUUUCAUUUAGCUUUUGUAACAUUUUGAAUAAAUAAAUGAAUAAAAGCCCAAGAUACAGUUAAUUUAAUCUAUGUUUGGGAUGCUCUUUAAUUUAUGUAAUGUAUUAUUAAUAUAUGUUAUUAUAAGUAUAUAAUUAUUAUUGUUGUUAGUAGUAGUAUUAUUAUUAUUAAUCCUUAUUUGAUUUUUAUGUCGUUUGUGUAAAGAACUAGUAAGUCUUCAGAACCAACUAUAACUUCUAAAUUCAAUUUUAAAAAGUGAUGGUGGAGAUUUUCGGUAUUGCUUUGCGAAAUGUUUCACUGGUUUGAAUCACUGUGACAUCCUCUGUUCAAAACUGUGUAAAUGCAAAAAGAACGACAAACAACUAAAAAUCGAUUGUAAAUAAAGUCACUAAAGGGGAUCUAUUCUGCAAGAUGCACCUUUGCAUGGCGUUUGGACAUAAAUGUGUGUUGGCAGUGUGUGUACACAACCACCUAUAAUGAUAAAAAUCCACCCACUGCUUUUUUUAAUCCCCAUAGGUAAUAAGCAGUGUCUCCCAACGACCUGUUUUCAGCAUUGCUGCUAAUGUGACGUCACAUUAGCCACAGAUCCCGCCCACGAAAGUUGACAGACACUGCCGUUUAUACAUAGAACCGUCCUGAGCGAGUUGUGCACAGUCCGCCAGUGCUGCACCGACGAGAAUGCCUCCCAAGCGCUUUAGGUGUUCUGUAGCUGGAUGUAUGAAUCCACAUAGCUCUCUCCAUUUACUCCCGAAAUCUGAGCCGCUGAAGACGAGGUGGAUUAAUUUUGUUUUCAAAGAAAAUGCUCCCUCAACUCUACCGAAAUUCAUUUAUGUCUGUGCGAAUCAUUUUACGGACUGCUUUGUGAACGAGGGUCAGUAUAAAGCAGGUUUUGCACAAAAGUUGCUCCUGAAGGACGGAGCAGUGCCAACUGUUCGUGAUCCAGCUACACCUCCAGAAGACGCCAGCACAUCAGAACAGAGCAGCCAAACAAGGGAUAUUGCUUGCCAGACAGACGAAAAACCGCUGACCAAGUCUGUUGGUACUCAGUUAUCAGUGAAGACGCUUCAUGCUCACUACAGGAGAACAGGUGUCCAGUCGACAGAUAAUUUUUUGGACAUUGACAGUUCGUUUUCACCAGCAGCUGGUGUAACAUUUAUGUCCUCUGCACAUAUAAAGAGGCCACCAAAGAGACCUCGUGUGGAACUGGAGGAAGAGGAUGACGAAAAAACCCUAAUGGACACAUCAUCUAUAGUAGCACCUGAAGAACAAGAUUCUACAUUUGAUCCUGCAGAGACGGACACAACUUUAACGGAGACAGCAGACAUGUCUGCUCAAGCAUCUUGUCCCAUUCAUAAAAUCAGAAAAUACAUAGUGUACGAAAAUUGCAUUAUGGAGCUGUUUGAGGUGUGCCCAGUUUGCAAGCAGAGCUGUUCUGUGCGUUCUCAAAGGAUCGGAACUUUUGUACGAGUUGAACAACUCUGCCACAACUGUAAAUAUUCACGGAAAUGGAGCAGCCAGCCAGUACAAGGCAGCACACCAGCCGGGAACCUCCAUAUUUCUGCUGCAGUCUAUCUUUGCGGGGCUUCAUUCUACAAACUAGAAAAAAUAUGUACUAUUAUGAAUCUGCAGCUUUUUAAGUAUGAUACCUUUCGGCGCCAGUCCCGAUUGUACGUUGAGCCAGCUAUAGUGUACAAGUGGAUGCAUUGGCAGAAUGAGACGCUACAUCGCCUGAGCGAAAGGGAAAGGGUCAUCGUUGGAGGUGAUAUGAGGGCUGACUCACCAGGUCACUCUGUAAAGUUUGGAAGCUAUACCUUGAUGGACCUUCAGACCAACACCGUUGUGGACAUACAACUGGUUCAGAGUAACGAAGUGGGAGGACGCUACCAUAUGGAAAAAGAAGGAUUACAGAGGAGCCUUGCCCUGUUGGAAGCUCGUGGUGUUACUCUUGAGUGUAUCGUAACUGACCGCCACCCACAAAUACAAAAAUUCCUCCGAGAACGUAACAUCAACCAGUUCUAUGAUGUGUGGCGCAUCGAAAAAGGGAUUGGGAGGCAACUUGAAAACAUUUGCAAGUUGAAAGACUGUGAAAAAUUAAGGGAAUGGCUGAGAAGCAUUAAAAACCACAUUUACUGGACUGCAGCAUCUUCAAUCACUGGACCAGAAAGAGUGGCUAAAUGGAGCUCGAUUCUGAACCAUGUCAGGGACAUACACACACAUGAGGAUCCAAACUUUCCUGCUUGUCUACAUCCUCAAAAGAGAAGCAGAGACGGAAACAAGUGGCUUGUUGCCGGGACUCAGGCAUUCUACAAGCUGGAGAAAGUCAUGACAAACAAGCGGAUUUUGAAGGACGUCACCAAACUGAGUCCGCAUCACCAGACUUCACCUUUUGAUUCGUUUCAUAGCGUCAUUCUACGCUUUGCCCCAAAAAAUGUGGUGUUCCCAUUCCUUGGAAUGUUGUGCAGAUUAUACCUGGCUGCAUUGCAUUAUAAUGAAAAUGUUGGCCGUGCACAAGCAACAUCAUCAACAGGACGUCCACUAUUCAAAGUGAACUUUCCAAAGGCCAGGAAAGGACAAUGCACAGUCAAACAAGGUACUUGGAUGACCUGCAGGACCUAAUAUUUGAGCAUGUUUUUGUGGACCCUGCUUCAUACAUGGAUGAGGUACUGAAGAUAGCCAUACCACCAGACCUGUGUGUAGAGUAUGAGUGGCCAGACAAGGAGGAGGUCAUCUCCACCAUGGUGUCCAGAUUUAAUCAACAGCUGGUC